AUGCGGUGUCAUGGCUUAACCGUACACGGAACCAACCACCGUGGCUUCUGCGUCCCCACCGUGUCUCCGCUGUUUUCCAGACCCACCCGACCCGUCACCCGAAUUUCGUUUCCCAAGGCCACCCUCAAGAACGACGGACUAGUCAUGGAGUUGAGCUUCUACGAGCUUCUGGGCAUACCCGAGUCCGGUUCCUUGAUGGAGAUCAAGAACGCGUACAAGCAACUCGCCCGGAAGUACCACCCGGACGUGUCGCCGCCGGGUCGGGUCGAGGAGUACACCAAACGGUUUAUUCAGGUGCAGGAGGCCUACGAAACCCUCUCCGAUCCUUCCCGAAGAGCCAUGUACGAUCACGACAUGGCCAAGGGCAUUAACUUUGCUUUCAACGCCCGCAGACGCCACAAUUACCACGAUCAGGUGGUUGAACAAAAAAGUGAAUGGAAAUCAAGGUGGCAAUCUCAGUUGUCAGAGCUGAAGAGAAGAAGUAACAACAAAGAUGGUGGAGGGAAUAUGUCAUGGGCAGCUCGAAUGCGUCAGCAGAGGGAUGAAUUGUCAAAUGAAUCAUGA